UUUACUAAUUUUAUAAAUUUUGAUUUAUUAUGUGGUUUUUUAAAUUAAUAUAAACUUUUGUUAUAAUGGAUUCUAAAUACGUUAUAGUAGAAAAGUCAAAUACAACAAAACUAACUAAUGGUAUUUUUAACGGAUUCACUCUAAAAAGGAAAAAUGGUACCAUACCUCUUGAAAAAUCGCCAAAAAAAGUUAAGAACAACGUGACUUAUGUUAAUGGUGGUCAAAAUGAUUCAAGCCCAUCUAGUUCUAAGAAACACGUAAAUGAAACUAAUACUGGUCAGCAAAAGUCCGGAAACAAUCAGCAUGUGCCAGUAGCUAUAAAUAUAAUUAAGCAACGUCAAAGUUUACCAGUAUUUUUAUGUAAGCAGCGAAUUGUUUUUGAAGUUAUGAAAAGCGAUACAGUGCUUUUGAUGGGAGAAACCGGAUCUGGAAAAACUACACAAAUACCACAGUACCUGUAUGAGUCUGGACAUUUUAAUAAAGGACAGAUUGUUGUUACACAACCGAGAAGAGUAGCAGCAAUAACUAUCGCCAAAAGAGUAUCACAGGAAAAAAGUUGUAAACUAGGUGAUUUAGUUGGUUAUACGGUACGUUUUGAAGAUUGUUCGUCAAAGCAAACAAAAAUUCGCUUUAUGACGGAUGGGAUAUUAUUACGAGAAGCAAUUAAUGAUAGGUUGUUACAAAACUAUAGUGUUAUCAUGCUAGACGAAGCUCAUGAAAGAACAAUAAAUACUGAUGUGUUAUUUGGUAUAGUAAAAGAAGCUCAAAAAUUAAGAAAAACAAAAGGAAUAUACCCGUUGAAAAUAAUAAUAACAUCAGCAACAAUGGAUAUUGAUCAUUUUGGGAAAUACUACGGUGUGAAAGGUAUGUAUCUUGAAGGAAGAACAUUUCCGGUUAAGGUUAUGCAUGCUAAGGAACCUCAAAAGGACUAUGUUCAGUCGUGUUUAGUAACGCUCUUCCAAAUUCAUCGUGAAGCACCCCCCAAUCAUGAUAUUUUAGUUUUUUUAACUGGUCAAGAAGAAAUCGAAGCCAUGGCAGUACAAAUUAGAUCAAUAGUAAAGUAUAAUGAAUUAAAUGCUCCAACAUUAAGAGUAUUUUCACUAUAUUCACAAAUGCCUCAAAAUAAACAAUUAGAAUGCUUUAUAUCAACUGGACCAAAUACGCGAAAAGUUAUUCUAGCAACAAAUGUUGCUGAAACGUCAAUAACAAUACCAGGAAUAAGAUAUGUAAUUGAUAGUGGGUAUGUAAAGAGAAGAGUUUAUGAUCCUAUAACUGGUAUGGAUUCCUUAAAAGUAGUUAGAAUAUCACAAGCUCAAAGUUGGCAAAGAUGUGGUCGAGCAGGACGUGAAUCAGAAGGUACUUGUUAUCGUACAUAUACAAAAAGUGAAAUGGAAGAUUUUGAACUCAUGACAAAACCAGAAAUUUUACGCAGUAAUAUCAGUUCAACUGUUCUUCAAUUAUUGGCAAUGGGUGUAGAUUGUAGAACAUUUGACUUUCUAGACAAACCCCCUCCCGAUAUUGUAAACAGCGCUUUUAAACAACUUGUUGCCUUAGGUGCUAUUAAAAGCAUUAAUAAUGCAGAACUGACUAAUUUAGGUAAAAAAAUGGUAUUAUUUCCAUUGGAUCCGAAAUUUAGCAAAUUAUUAUUAAAUGCGCCGGAGUUUGAUUGUUUAGAAGAAAUGUUAAGCCUGGUUUCAAUAAUGUCAGGUGAAAAUGUUCUUAUUAAGCCAAAUAAUGAAAGAAGAGAUCAAGCCGCCUUAGCGCAUGCAAAAUUUGAAUCAAAAUCUGGUGAUCAUUUAACUUUGUUAAAUAUAUAUAAAGCAUUUUCAAAAAUUGAAAAAAUUCGGCUUUGGUGUACCGAUAAUUUUCUUAACUGUAGAAAUCUUCUUUAUGCUCGUGAUGUACGCACUCAACUUGAAGAAAUAUGUAACAGAUGUGAGCUAAAAAUUACCAGUUGUGGUCAGAAUUUCGAUAAAGUUCGAAAAUGUUUAUUAUCCGGUUUAUUUAGUAAUAUAGCAGAAUUUCAGCAAAGGGACAAUUGUUACUUAACAUUAUCUAGUCGGCAGCGUGCAAAGGUUCAUCCAUCAAGUAUCCUAAGUGGAAAAUCAAAAUCAAAUUAUGUAAUAUAUAAUGAAAUCGUAACAACUGAUAAAAAUUUCCUAAGACUAGUAACUGCCAUUGAACCUGAAUGGAUUGAAGAAGUUGUACCUAAUUAUCCAUUUUUAAGUAGAAUACAAAAAUCUUUUAACUAAUAAAGAUUUAUAGUAUAAGCAAUUAUUGUAAUUAUAAAAUAUAAUUUAGUAUUUUUUUUUAAGUUCUUAGAUUUUUACGUACUGAUUUUAUUAAUUAGAAAUAUUGAAAUAAUAACAAAAUGCAUUUCAA